UUCUCCUGUCCCAGGGAGGGGAGGAAGGGCCUUGGAGGAGGUGCUAGAGGGAGCAUCCCCCUGGGUUUUAUAUUCUUUCACUGGUGUGCUUGAAGCCCCUAAGCUCCCACAAGAUCUUUCUGGUGGCUGCCACUGGCCAGCAGCCUGUCUCUCUGACCACCCAAAGGCUGGCUCUGCUGCUGCUCCAUCACAUCUGUAGUUAUGGGUGUGGCCAUUCAUUUCUUCGAAUUAGUUAGGCAGAUUUGGCACAAGAUGACCUGUUGGAUUGUCUUCUGGAGAUGCCGAAUGAAGAGGUACAUCUGGAAAAAUGUUGGCUUUAGGAAACGUGUGUUGAAGGGAGCAGAGAAGACUCCCCCAGAGUUGGAAGCCUACAAGUUGACCAAGCCCCCUGCAGAAGCCAAGCUCCCCAGGAAGGAGGAGUCCCCCGAUGUGACUGAGACUUGUGUGCUGGACAGUCCCACGGACAGGACCCAGAUAGGGUUGGGCCAUGAGGGCCACUCCUUGCUGCAGGUGCCGCGGAUGGCUGUCCGGUCAGCAUCCAUGAUCAUGUUCUCUGCCCUGCAGUCCAGCUGGCAGAUGUGCCGGUGGAAGUCAUCUGUCAGCUCCGGGGCCAUUUCCUCCCAAGUGAGGACCUCGUCCCCGCUGGACACGCCGGAGGCUGAGCUGCUCCGAGAGGUGUACCUAGUGCUGUGGGCCAUUCGGAAGCAACUUCGGCAGCUGACCCGCCGGCAGGAGAGGCACAGAGGCCAUCAUGUCAGGACCCACUCCUCUGCCUUGACUGAACCAGUGCUGGAACUGAAGCAGGACGCCCGAAGUCCCCUCUAAGAGCCCCCCUCCUCAACUUAGCAAAAUAAAACAUUUUUAAGGGCUGGGGAUAUAGCCUAGUGCAAAAAUCCUGGGUUUGAUCCCCAGCACAGCUCGCUCGCCCCUGUGCACCAAAAACUAUUUACAGUGAUCUGUGAGAGAGAUCUACAGCCAAGCAGGCCUGGCUGGAAAUGCCUGGUCAGAAGCCCCCACCACUCUGCCUCU